AAAAUAUGGAGAACUUCAUGAUCGAGCGAAAAAAUAGACUCAUGAAAACAAAUCUUAUUGCUAAAUCAUUGAAGAGACGAACUAAGACUACAAGUCAAGUUCUGAAAAAGAAGAACCAUCAUUUGUCUAAAGUAACUGAUAAAACUAUGCCAAGAAUAAAAAUUAAUAAUGAUUUUGGAGUAAGUGGGCAAAAUUGAGUGAUCAAUGACACUCCAUUUGACCAUAUGACUAAGCAAAAUUUUAAACAAACUAUCAGAGAAAUGGGAGCUAUAAACUUUGUCAACUCCAGACUCAACACUUUCCACAGAAGUGGGAGGAGGACCCAUUCAAAAGUUUGGGGAGAUAGAAAGAAUCUGAACUCCUUAUUUCGAGAAGCUAUUUCACAGACUAGACAGAAGAGCGAGAGUAAAUAAUCGGAAUUUCAGUAUGUCACGAAGGCACAAUUUCAAACAUCAGGAAGGAUGUCCCCGAUUAAAUGGAAAUACUGACUACCAAAAUGACCAGCAGAGUUUAAGAGUCAUGUACAAUAGCAGCGCCAAGGAUUCUGUCUGUACAUGAGAGCCUCCAGGGAUGCAUAAUAUGGACUAUGAGUUUGAUAUCUCUGAUAACACACUCCCUCUUAUCUCUAAAAUAUACGAUUUUAAUCCAGAUUUCCCCUCAUACGAAAAAUGCUUGCUAGACAUAGAGACGUAUAAAUAAGAUUAUUGGCAAAAUAAAAGAAGUUCAGCAGAGAGAUCCUCAGAAGUACUCUAUAAACGAGCCAGGGUUUGAUAGUCGGUAUGGCUCAGAUUUUUCAAAAUUCAACAGACUGCACACCUCAAAGAAUAUGAACACUGCGCAUUUUAUUAAUGAUAUUUUCAACUAUGAUCGGUUUAGAGAGAUGAAUUCUCCUGAUGAGAAGUCCCAGUUUAGCUCCAAGGCAAUGAGCCUUAACCAGACUCAAAACAUGAAAGGGUAUGGAGAUAAUGAUUACUCUAAUAAUCAGGAAGAUGUCUCAUUAGUAAAAACCUCUGAAUAUGUCUGAGACAAUGAGAAAGUCAUCAAUGAUGCUCUUUUCCCAAGGAAGAUACUUCGAGCUCUCAAGAAGAAGGAGUUUGGAUUCUCACAAGAAUUUGAUGAGUCACCUUCAAAGAAAUCUCCAGAAAACCAGGAGCAGGACCUGACUUGCCAUAAGUUAAAAGCUUAUGAAGAUGCUUUGGCUAUGUUGAGAUCUAUUCGUGCAAUCCCAGACCCAGGAACUGCUUGAAUUAAACUAGAGAGAAAAGAUUCGAAUUCUCCUGAGAAGAAAGCUCCAAAACUACAAAAAUUACAGAAGCUCCACAAAUCUAAGAAGAAAAUGAAGCCAUCUAAAUCACCAAGAUCUCCAGAUUCUCCGCCUACUCAUCAACCUGAAGGUCAUUCCCCUCCUCUAAUAAACGAAGACCUUCGAUCAUUACAAGAGCAAGAAUCAGCAGUCAUCAAGGAAAACAUAACCGGCUAUCCAAUGACUCAAAUACCAGACAGCAUCAUAAAAUUUCAAUAAAAAUUCCUCCCAAA